AUCUCUGGAUAAUCGUAGUACUUGGAAUAAUAGCCUACUACUUACAGCAAAGUAUGUUACAUACCUUGCUCGUAUUCGUCUGCCAUCGUGACAGACAAAGAAGGGACUUUCCGCGGUAAAACGAAUAUAAAUAGUUACUUUCGGUUUCAGUUUGACAGUCGAACCACGGUCGACGUUUUGUAGGCUACAGGCAGCCGGUUGGAAAUAGUCAAAUUGCCAAUUCUAGUCUGUUAAGGGAAAUAUCGGUCUCGUUUUACGUUCUCAGGCGAAUAUUAAACAUCUGCCACAUCGAAGUUGGCACAUCAAAGGUAAAUAGUCUAAACAUUAUGCAGAAAAUGAGCUACUUCUUCCCUCUGCUGUUCGUGUGCCUGGAUGUGUGUGUGGUGCACGCCAUCCGCUUGGCCCAGCUCUCACCUCUGCUCCUCUCCCAUCCGUUCAUCACCCUGUGGGGAGGAGGGUUGACCAGGGCUGGCCUCCUCACCCUCCUCACCCUCACCUACCCUGGAAGCAUGCCCUGGAUGAGGAGCUUCAAGGGUCUACAGAGCUUAGGGGUCCUUUGCUUCCACUUCCCAGUGUACACCACUCUUCUCUGUGCGCUUGGACAGUCCACCAUGGAGGAACUGUGGGGGUGGCACUCCUGGCAAAGGGUGUUACAGGGUUAUGUGGUGACAGUAGUGGCAUGGCUCUACUGGAGUAGAUAUGUGUCAUCUCUUUUGCUCACUUGUGGUCGAUACAUCUCAUCUCUGUUCACGAGGGUGCCCUCUGACAAGCCCAGAGAGGACACCAGUACCUCUCUGAAGAGACUGAUGGGUUACAUGCAGCCGUAUCUUGGGCGCUUUGUUGCUGUUCUGUUUCUCGUGGUCCUCUCUUCUUAUGGUGAGAUGGCUAUUCCUCAGUACACUGGUCGUGUGGCUGACUGGAUCAUAAAUGAAGAGGCACCUGAUGCAUUCACAGAGGCUAUCACAAUCAUGACGCUAAUGACUAUUGCCAGUGCUGUGCUUGAAUUUAUAUGUGACCUCACGUACAACGUCACCAUGAGCCACAUACACACCUCAGUGCAGGGAUCCGUCUUCGAGGCUGUGCUGAAACAGGAGAUAGCUUUCUUUGAGGCCACUAAGACAGGUGAACUGGUGUCCCGCAUUACCACGGAUACCAACGAUAUGAGCGAGGCACUGAGUGAGAAACUAAGUCUUGCGAUGUGGUACACAGCACGUUUUGGCUUCCUCUUAUUCUUCAUGGUGAGCCAGUCAUGGAAAAUGUCUCUGCUGACUUGCAUGGGACUGCCCAUCAUCUGGGUCAUACCCGAGCUCACGGGACACUUCCACCAGACAAUUGCUGCAAAGGUCCAGGAGUCACUGGCUAAGGCCAACCAGGUGGCCACAGAGACCUUCUCCUGCAUGAAGACAGUGAGGAGUUUUGCCAACGAGGAUGGUGAGACAGAGAGGUACAGACUGCGGCUGGAGGAUACAUAUGCCCUUAAUAAAAAGGAAGCAGCAGCCUAUGCAGCCUCUACCUGGGCUAACAGUAUGACUACUUUGGCCCUGAAGGUGUGUAUUCUUUACUAUGGAGGGACUCUCGUGACUAGGGGGACUGUUAGCAGUGGAGACCUGGUUUCAUUCGUCCUCUAUGAACUACAGUUUGCCUCUGCUGUUGAGGCUGUCAUGCGUUAUUACCCAGAGGUGAAGAAGGCAGUUGGUGCCUCUGAGAAGAUCUUUGAAUAUUUGGAUCGCAAACCUGAAGUACCCCCAGAGGGCACAUUGGAACCCGAAAAUCUUGAGGGAAACAUUCAAUUCAAAAAUGUUAAAUUUUCUUAUUCUGGCAGGACAGACGAGAAUAAUCUUGUACUCAAGGACGUGUCUCUGCAGCUAAAGGCAGGCCAAAUCACCGCCCUUGUGGGGCUUAACAGAUCAGGGAAGUCCACCUGUGUCAAGCUGCUGGAGAGAUUUUACCAGCCCCAAGCAGGGGAGAUCCUACUGGAUGGGAAACCACUGCAAAGCUACAAAGACAAGUAUUUACAUGACAAGAUUGCUGUGGUGAGCCAAGAUUGUAGGCUGUUUGCUCGCUCUGUGCGGGAGAACAUCAAGUAUGGCUACGAGGAUGCCUCUGAUGAAGACAUGCACAGGGCUGCCCAGCUGGCUAGGGCCAACGAUUUCAUCAGGGAUCUGUCAAAUGGAUACGACACAGAUGCUGGGGAGAAGGGAGGCCAGGUGUCUGGAGGCCAGAAGCAGCGCAUUGCCAUUGCCAGAGCUUUAAUCAGACGUCCUAAAAUCUUGAUACUGGACAAUGCCACCAGUGAUUUGGACCCAGAGAAUGAAUACCAGGUUCACCAAGCUUUGUUAAACCAAAUCAACAAAUGGACCGUGCUACUGAUAUCGAACAAGAUGAGUGUUGUAGAGAAGGCCAAUCAUAUAAUUGUCCUCAACGACGGGAUGGUAAAGGAGGAGGGCUGUCACGAUGAGCUGCUGAAGAAAGGUGGCCUUUAUGCUGACCUGGUGAGAAAGCAGAAUAUGGGCUUUCACCGCCAAGAGGAGAAGAAGAAUGAUACACACUGAUAUGUGUGGCUGUUGUUACCGGAAGGUUGUUGGUUACAUUUCUGGACUUGAAGGGUCAAAACUCCAUCAGUACUUGUACUAGGGGUGGUCGAUAUGGCAAAAAUAUCACCACGAUUUAUUUCAGCCAGGAUCACGAUUCACAAUCUUAUCACAAUUCAUUUUCAUGUUGGUUUUUAAGACCAACGUUCAUUUAAAAAAAAAAUUGAUAGAUUCUGUUCUUAUAACAUUUUAAAGAUUUUAAUAUAAACAUUUUUGAUUUGAUUUUGCCUUUAAUGUGAUAUUUGCUUCUGCAUAAAAACACAAAGCUAGGGAGGGACUAGUUUCAAAUAUUGAUUGGUUUUUAGCAAAAAGUAAAUGUAUCUGUUCAUCAAGAAACUCUGUAAAUCACCUCAGUACUAUAUUCCUUGUUGGUCUCUGGGUUCGGUCCCGUUCAUGCCGUGUUUACCGGGAGGCUGCUGAGUUUCGUUGCCUUGUUCGCUCGGCUUGUUCUGGUGCCCCAUGCGGCGCCAGUCAGCUGUGACCACUAGGCUAACUGAGCUAAUUGGAUAACAGCAACUAGUUAACUUUGGCAAAAAGUAACACUUUCUGUUUAUCAGCAAACUCCGUAACUCACAGAGAGUUGAGGCAAAGCAGCUGGGGAUACGGGGAACUUAAUGUUAAUUUUAUAAUGGCCAACAGUUACAGUGUUGCCUUUGUAGACAGCGAAGGGCGCAGGCAGCGAGGCAGCUGACAUGCGAUGUUGACAGAGCAGCUGUCAACUGCGUGUGUAGCCACAGAAGAAACUGAUAGAUUGUGUAUUGUAGCACGAUACUAACGAUCUCUUUGAAAAGGCAGAUCGUGGAGACAUUUUAAUCAUUCACGAUCUAAUAUUGUAAUAUCGCCCACACCUAACUUGUACUGUAAAUACAUUCUUGUGAGACCACACCUCAUUCUACAAGUGUUUGAGUUUUUGUGAAGUAGUCAUGUUAUAAACUUGACAUGACAGGACAGAGGAAACUCUCCAGAGGAAACAGAAUUCAACUUUUAGCUUCUCAAAUAAGUUAGAUGCUCUGAUUUAGCUUAGGAUUGAUGACACCUGCGGCUUUACUCCAAACAAGGUUAACUAUAUAAACCGGGACUGUGUUGAGACCUUUUGGAGAUAUCAAUAAAAUACUGCAUCGUGGUACAUUUAAAUUUAUAUUGCAAUAUUGAUGUAUAUAAUAUAUUUUGGAAAUAUAUAUUACAUAUAUAGGUAUUUCUGCACUUACAUGGAAAUAUUAAUCCCUGUGGAUUCAUUUGCAACAUUGGCCACAAUGGUCUCUUCUAAUUAUUAUUACUCUUAUAUAAAUUUGAAUCGUCCCUUGGCAACCCUCUGUGAUCCAACUGUAAGUCCUACUGAGCAGCUCCCAUAUGUCAAUUGGUGUGAGUUCAUGAUGUAGAAACCAUCUUUCAGCUAAAUUUCAGGUAUUCCACAUUGUAAUGUAUUAGAUUGAGUGGUUCUAAACAUUGUGGUUGUAAAUAUUUUUCACAUUUCUCUUUGUUUUAUUUUUCCCUGUAUUGCUGAGUCUGUUUGUACUCCGUUUCCCUCCCCAGAGUUAUGACAAUAAAUCUUUUGAAUUCA